GCGUGAUCUGCCGCGGCGUCACGUGAGCGGCCGCGGUCACGUGAGCACAGUUUGCUCUGGGCUCCGGCAGCGGCUUCCUCCUGGAGUUGCACUCGCUGUCAUCUCUCGGUCUCCCGCGGGCUCGAUGGAGGACGAGGAGGAGGAAGCGAGGGCGCUGCUGCCAGGCGGCUCGGACGAGGCGGGCAGAGAAACCCGGGCUCCCCCCGCUGCCUCCGGGGCGCUGCAGGCCCUUUGCGACCCCAGUCACCUAGCGCACCGGCUUGUGGUUCUAUUGCUGAUGUGCUUCCUUGGCUUCGGCAGCUACUUUUGCUAUGAUAAUCCUGCUGCCCUUCAGAUUCAAGUUAAACGGGAUAUGCAGGUGAAUACCACGAAAUUCAUGCUGCUGUAUGCCUGGUAUUCUUGGCCCAAUGUAGUUUUGUGUUUCUUUGGUGGCUUUUUGAUAGACCGAGUGUUUGGAAUACGAUGGGGCACCAUCAUUUUUAGUUGCUUUGUUUGCAUUGGGCAGGUGGUUUUUGCCCUGGGUGGAAUAUUUAAUGCUUUUUGGCUGAUGGAAUUGGGAAGGUUUGUGUUUGGGAUUGGUGGGGAGUCCUUAGCAGUUGCCCAGAAUACAUACGCUGUGAGCUGGUUUAAAGGCAAAGAGUUAAACUUGGUGUUUGGACUCCAGCUUAGCAUGGCGAGAAUUGGAAGCACAGUAAACAUGAACCUCAUGGGAUGGCUAUAUUCUAAGGUUGAAGCUUCAUUGGGUUCUGCUGGUCACACAACCCUUGGGGUCACACUUAUGAUUGGGGGUAUAACAUGCAUUCUUUCAUUUGUCUGUGCCUUGGCCCUUGCUUACUUGGAUCAGAGAGCGGAACGAAUCCUUCAUAAAGAACAAGGGAAAACAGGAGAAGUGAUCAAGUUAACCGACGUGAAGGACUUCUCCUUACCCCUGUGGCUUAUAUUUAUCAUCUGUGUCUGCUAUUACGUCGCCAUCUUCCCUUUCAUUGGACUUGGAAAAGUUUUCUUUACAGAGAAGUUUGGAUUUUCCCCCCAGGCAGCCAGUGCUAUUAACAGUGUUGUAUAUGUAAUAUCAGCUCCCAUGUCCCCAAUAUUUGGGCUUCUGGUGGAUAAAACAGGAAAGAACAUCAUCUGGGUUUUGUGUGCAGUGGUGACCACGCUUGCUUCCCACAUCAUGCUGGCCUUCACACUGUGGAACCCCUGGAUUGCUAUGUGUCUCCUGGGACUCUCCUACUCAUUACUCGCCUGUGCCUUGUGGCCAAUGGUGGCGUUUGUAGUUCCUGAACAUCAACUGGGAACUGCAUAUGGCUUCAUGCAGUCCAUUCAGAAUCUUGGGUUGGCGGUCAUUUCCAUCAUUGCUGGAAUGAUCUUGGAUACUCGGGGAUACUUGUUUUUAGAAGUUUUCUUCAUUGCCUGUGUUUCCUUGUCACUGUUAUCUGUCGUCCUACUCUACAUGGUGAAUCGUGCCCAAGGGGGGAACCUAAAUUAUUCUGCCAAAAAAAGGGAAGAAAUGAAACUUUCUCAUGAAGAAUGAGAAGUUUAAAUGACUGUGUCAUGAGAAUGGGCUGCACACAUCAUUGGUUUGAAAACCUCCAUUUUUUAAAAAAAAAAUUGAGAGUUUAGUCAUUAGGAAAAAUAAUAGUUUGGAGAGAUUUUAUAUUUAUAUUUUGAAUAUACCUAUUGUAAAGCAUAACUGUGAGGACUGUGUCUUCUGUAUUGCUGAAAAAUUCUGCUUUGGAAUAGGCUUAUCAGUGGUGAUGUUUACAAAAUUGCACCUGGUACAUGCAGGUGAUUUUGAGGAAGGACAGUAAACAAUGGAAAUCUUUGGAUAUUAUAUUGACAUAAUUUUCACAAAAUCAAUUUAAGGAUUUGGCCUUUUUUUUUUUUAAAUCUUAAAGCAAAAAAAAAAAAGCUUUUGAAGUGAUAGAAAGGAUGUUUUAUAUAGAAUAAAUAAUGGCAUUUUAAUAGGCAUUCCCUUUUGUAAUAGGGGAUAUUUGAAAGAUACUUUUAUGAAGUCUCAUUUCCACAUAUAGCAGAUUGUGUUCUCUCUUUAGUUAUGAGAGCUUGCUGACCCUUUUGAGCUUCUGUAUUUCUCUGUUAUUGAGAACCCUAAUCCCUUAGGGACAUGAUUUUGUGGUACACACUUUUUGUAUGAUUUUUCCUAUAGCCCGGUUAAUUACUAAAAGUUAUGUAACUGUAAAUUAUGAUAAUUGUAUAUCUACACAGAUAAAUAAAAGCGCUGCAAAAGAAA